AUGGCAUCUGGCCGUGAGAUCCCGGUAGCAGAAACAUUUGAUGAUGAGCUGGAGGAGGGAAGCAGCGAUGAACUGGAUGAGUAUGGAUACGGACAUCAGGUGACCAAGCCCAUCGUCAACUUUUGGGAUGACGAGGAUAGGGGCUUCUACCCUGAGACGGUACCCAGGAGCUGCCAAGACACGUUUUGCCUCCUCAUCUAUGUCGUGGCGGCCGCUGUGUUUGUAGCCAUCUGCUAUGUUGGUAUUAAUCACAAUCUGGUCGCUCAGCGUGUUUGGGUGGCACGAGACUACAGGUUUCAGCAAUGUGGCAUUGGAGACAAUGUGGGCCAGCCAUACCUGUUCUUCUGCUUAGACUCAUACUUUGAGAAAGCAUACCUGAUGGAUGAGAAGCAAGUGAAUACCAAGUAUCCGAUCUGCGUGGAGAAAUGUCCAGAUAGCUGGGCCGGAACUAUGAGCUGCUAUGUUGGCAACAAUACCUUCCAGUUGGUGAAGACGUAUCAAACACGUCCAAUCCAAGGUAUUUGCGAGCCGACCAAGGGCACAGCAGGCAAUGCCAUUUUCAGGUCCAUCAUGGACUAUUACUUUGAGCACAGAUUCCUCUACGGGAUUGCAAUGCUGCUCGCGCGAUCCUGGGUUCUGGUCGUCUCCAUCGGUGUCAGCGCCUUGUUCCUGGCCAUAGCGUACGUAAUCAUUGUCGCACGCUACGCCAAGCAGAUUAUUUGGACCGGGCUUUUCGCGAUCAUUCUACUGCCCUUUGGAGUCAGUAUGCACAUGUUCUAUUGUCACAAAACUGGUACUUGCGGCCCGGCCUUCGAGCCCGGUGGCGCCGAAGUUUUGAGCUGGUGCCUUUUGGCAAUGUCGUUGCUUCUGCUUUACUGCAUCUGCAGCGCUUCAUCAGAGAUAGAGAAGGCCAUCAUUUGCAUGAGCUGGUUCGGCAAGUGCGUCUCAACAGUGGGCUCUCUGAAAUGCGCACCUUUCCUGCGAGCGGUCAGCGAAGUCGUCGUCGUGGCGUUUCAUACGUACAUGCUCUUCUGCAUAUGGUCCAAGCCACCUGAUGAUUCUCUAAAAGACAAGGACUCCCCACUGGAAAAGCUCAUGGAUUUGCUCGGCAGUUGGGGAUGCUCAGUCGUGGUAGUUCUCAUGCUUAUGUGGCACAUUGGGAUCGUGCAGCAGGUGAACAAUAUAGCGCUGAUCUAUGCUGUUCAGACCUGGUUCUUCCAAGGUGGUAUGAGUAGUCACGGAGGGCCGGGACCGUCGAUUGCCAGAGGAUACUGGGUGGCAAUCCGUUAUCACUUGGGCAGCUGCUUAUUUGCCGGAUUGGUGACCAAACUUGUCGCGCCAGUCCGAUUUCCCCUGAAAGUAUUGACGGGCGUGAUGCGCUGGGAAAGCAACCCUGUGGGCUUUCUCCUCCGGAUUUGCUUUGGUUGGGUGGAGGAUUGCUUUUACGACAACUGUGAAGGCCUCUCCUCUCACUCACUGUAUGACGUAGUCCUCCAGGCCAAUAGCUGGUGUGAUGCCGUGAAGCAUUCCACCGCCAUUGUCAAUGAAGAAGGUGGAGUGGGGCAUAUCCUUGAAGGUGCAACUUGGAUCUUCGAGCUGGCGGGUAUUGCUACCUUCGCGCUUGUCUCAUACAACGUCGCCCAGCUGGUCUUAAAUCAGGAUGCCUACUACAGCGAUCCCAUGAGUGAGGGCUUCAUAGCGCUACCCUUUCUGACCUCUGGCAUGUGCUUGCUGGCCGGGGUUUUGUGCUCCUAUCCAUUCAUGGAUAUGUUCCGUUUGGUCUCAGACUGCAUCCUCUAUUGUCGCACAGUGGAGAAGCAGCGUACCCGACUGCCAACGCAAAACAGGGACCUCGACCCAGCGCUUGCGGGUGGCUGCACCGAUGAGCUAGCGAGCGUCUUUCAGAGGCUCCUAUGCAUGGACGGCCGUCAGCGGGGACCCAGAUGA